AUGCGUGUGGCGUGGCCACCAUGGGGCGAGCCACGUGGGGCUCUGGCCAGGCCGGCGGGCCCCGACCCAGACCGCGAACCCAGUGAACUGCUGUGGGAGGGAGCAGCCCGGCUGGGAAGAGGCUGCCCAGGCUCAGAAGCCUCCGCGGCGCCGCUGUUUCCUGGGCUUCCCAAGCCUCAGUGCCCAGUAUCCUUGUCUCCAUUUUCUCCAGGGUCUCAGCCUAGCGGUCGCCGCCGUUCUCGGGUUUCUUCGUGGGGUCACGAAUCCCGGCCGGGUCCUGCCCUCCGGAGUCAGGCCAGAGCAGCAGGUCCAGCUCUCCGCAGUCAAGCAGCCAGGCCUGGCCCUGCAGUCUUCAAUGGUGAUGCCCCACCGCCAGGCCCCGCCUUCCGCAACCAUGCUUCUGGGUUGGGCGCUGCUUUUUGCAGCCUUUCAUCUGCCCCAGGCCCUGCCCUGCGAGGUGGUGCUUCUGUGCCAGGCCGCGCUCUCCCGCGUCGUCAUUCAUCCACGUCAGGUCCUGCUUUCCGCCGCCGUGCAUCAGAGCCAGGCCCUGCUGCCCCAAGGCACCGCGCGCCCGCGACCGGGCCGGCUCCCCGCCGCCGCGCGCCCGCGACCGGGCCGGCUCCCCGCCGCCGCGCGCCCGCGACCGGGCCGGCUCCCCGCCGCCGCGCGCCCGCGACCGGGCCGGCUCCCCGCCGCCGCGCGUCCGCGCGGGUUCCUGCUCACAGUCGCCGCGCGUCCGCGACCGGGCCGGCUCCCCGCCGCCGCGCGCCCGCGACCGGGCCGGCUCCCCGCCGCCGCGCGUCCGCGCGGGUUCCUGCUCACAGUCGCCGCGCGUCCGCGCAGGUUCCUGCUCACAGCCGCCGUGUCUCCACGCGGGGCCCUGCCCCAACCCCUGCUUCCCGUGGCCGUGCAUCUAGGCCAGGCCCUGCUCUCCGCAGCCCUGCAUCCGGGUCAGGCCCUGCCCUCCGAAGCAGAGCCAACCCGCUAGGCCCUGCCCUCCACAAUGGCUGUACACCUCCAGGCUACGUCCUCCGGAGCCACACCACCCAGACGUCAUACUCUAGAAGCCGUCCCUCUCUGCCUGUGCCUACCGGCCUGAGUCCUUCUCCUGGGUUGGCCUCACAAGAAUUUGUGAGCAACUCAAGCUCUUCUAAUCCUGAGGUUCCAAGCCUUGAUACCCAGCCCCGUUGGCAUGCAGUCCGUAUGCGGGCCUCCUCUCCCUCACCUCCUGGUGUUGCUGCAAUGUCUGCUGAUAACAAUGUGUAUAGUCAACCCUUUGGUGGCUCUCAAAGGAACACAAUGGGAAUCAUCAUCUGUACUAAACUGGAGUAA